UUCGACUCUCCCGGAACAUUUGGCCAUCCGACACCCGAGAGCCGGUCCACGUUUACGUUUACGCAUCCAUCGCCUCCACCCCCUCUGCCCCCCUUGAUUCACCCGGCUUUGUCAUCCUGCCUCAAGGACAAGAACGUUAAUGAUAUUGCUCCCAUGGCAUCAGGUUUCGCAGACCGAUCCAACUCAUUUCCCAAACGCCCAUCACGGAUCCCGUCUGGCAUUGGUGAUGAUUUCUUUGCAUCGCUAUCAAUGACAUUUGGCCGUUCUGUCCGACAUUCUGCGAGCCUCUCGAAGGUGCAGGAUGUCUUCCCUCCUUCCUCAGAAGAGCAGCCUGCUGCACAACGUCUCCGUGCGCGAACAAUUUCUGACAAACCCCAACGCCGUCGACGUAACAGUGCAUCUUGGAGCGCACAACAAGCUACAGAAGGUGUCAACUCAUCUUCAAACACCGCAUGGCCCGCAGAGGUAUCGCGCGAAAUCCUGCGGCUUUCGUUGGGUGAAGGG